UCUGCAAAUUCAUUAACCCCAUCGUUUUUUUGUUUUUUCUUCAUCGGCAUGGCAGAAGCAGCAGCAGCCCAACACCAGCUUUUGUUGGCGUGCACAGGGCUGCUUCUUCUUCUUCUGGUUUCCUCAUCAAGCGUCGCUACAGCACGCUCAAUCAUCAAAACCCUACCUGGGUUCCCCGGGGAGCUUCCUUUCUACCUAGAAACUGGAUAUGUGGGUGUAGGUGAGAAUGAAUCAGUGCAGCUGUUCUACUACUUUGUCAAGUCCCAGAGGAACCCAGUAUUGGACCCCCUUGUUCUUUGGCUCACUGGAGGCCCUGGUUGCUCCACACUCUCUGCAUUCUUCUAUGAAAGUGGUCCAGUUUCUUUCAAUUUAACUUACAAUGGAGGCCUACCAACACUUGAAUUGAAGGAAUAUACAUGGACUGAGACACUCAACAUAAUAUAUUUAGAUGCACCUGUUGGAACUGGAUUCUCUUACUCAACAACCCAAGAAGGUUACACUACGGACGACUACAAAUCAGCAGCCCAGAUCUAUGAAUUUCUAAAGAAGUGGCUGAUACAACACCCUGAAUUCCUGAAAAACAACCUCUAUAUCGGUGGAGAUUCAUACUCAGGCAUACCUGUUCCAAUGAUAGUUCAAGACAUAUACUAUGAUAGUGAAAGAGGAGGAUCUCCACGAUUGAACUUGAACCUCCAAGGCUAUGUGCUUGGGAACCCAGUGACUGAUGCAUAUAUUGAUAAGAAUUCAAGAGUACCAUUUGCACACAGGCUCACACUCAUUUCAGAUGGACUCUAUGAGUCUGCUAAAGCAAACUGCAAUGGGGAUUAUGUUAAUGCAAAUGCCAGCAGCGAACAAUGUGAAUCAGACGUCCAAGAAAUCGAAGAGUUGCUUAGAGACAUAAACAUUCAACAAAUUUUGGACCCAGAUUGCACCUUUUCCUCCCCGAUACCAAACGAAGAAAAAUCGAAUCUUCAAAGGUCUCUUGCCGAGAAUCCUACAGAUUUUCUCUCACAACUUGGUGAAGAAACUAUGUAUUUUUGCCAUGACUAUAUGUAUAUACUCUCUGAAACAUGGGCGAAUAAUAGAGACGUGCGAGAAGCUCUUCAUGUUCGGGAGGGAACAAAAGGAUACUGGAAGAGGUGCAAUAUCAGUGGCCUGGCUUACACGGAAGAUGUAAUUAGUAGCGUUGCUUAUCAUCGAAAUCUCUCCAAGACAGGCCUUCGAGCUUUAAUAUACAGCGGUGAUCAUGACAUGUCUGUUCCGCAUAUUGGCACACAACAAUGGAUAGACUCGCUGAAUUUGACGCUGGCCGAUACCUGGCGGGCAUGGUACACUGAAGGACAAGUUGCAGGAUAUACGAAAAGGUAUACUAAUGAUGAUUUCGCUCUCACAUAUGCGACUGUGAAGGGUGCUGGUCAUGUAGCUCCGGAAUACAAGCCUCAGCAGUGCUAUGCCAUGCUUAAAAGAUGGUUUGCUUAUUACCAGCUCUAGUACUGAUAGCCAAAGCUUGAAAUUUAGGAGAUGAGCAUUCAAUCUUGUAAUAAUAAGCCAUAGUGCUCCCUGAGAUUGUUGAUCAGGCAUUUUAAUUAAAGUUAAAUGUAUCAUUGUGAGAAACCAUGAGUUUAAUUUUCCUAGUUAAUUCCAUGAUAUAUUAGAUUUGCCA